GGAAUAUAAAACUUGAAGGAUUCAGAAAAGCAACUCUCUGACAGCUUGUUACAGUCGAGGAAACUGCUACCACAAAUGAGAUUUAAGGAUAGCAGACAGACACACUAUUGGAGACAUGAAUGUGUUUAUCAUGGUAACCUUGAUUCUAAAUAUGUCAGUCGUUUCUUUACAUACAUUCAAUGUCAACGCAACGAAUUUAUUUUACCAAUACGCACUUAUUUGUGGACCGAAAUUUCAUAAUAGUGCUUUAAACAUCUGGUCUUUUCCGUCAGUGCCAAAACAAUUAAAGAUCUGCGAGGAAUGUGAUCGUAGUAUAGGAUGCAGUGCUUCUAAAUGUUGUCCAGACAUAGAAUUAUUGCGUCAAAAAGUAAAAUGUGAAAGCAAUAUAAUAUAUUCAUCAGAACCAGAUGAAAUUGCUAGUAGAUAUAGGAUGUUAUCUACGUGUCCCAACAAUACAAGAUCAACACUUAAUGAACUAUGUGUGAAGAGGCGAAGCAUUCAACAAAGAAUUCAAAAUGCACCUGUCACGUCUAAAUUAACAGGAAUGUCAUUUCGGAACAAAUUUUGUGCUCUAUGCAACAAUGAAACGGAUUAUAUAAUAUGGGAUGUUGAACUCAUCAAUACAUGUAAUGUUGUUUCUGAAUAUUUAACCGCUAAAGAUGUUUUGGAAACUAUUAUUAAUAAAAAGUGCGGAUUAAUUAGGUACCAGCCGGGCACAAUAGAUGUGAUGCAAUGCAAUAAUCCUGAUAUCUCCUUAAUACAUACAUGUAACGUCACUGGAACGUGGUUGAAAUUUGAUAAAGACAUCGAAUUUGCGUGUAACAAAUUUGAAAAUCGAUUUCAACAUUUCAAAAAUAUAUUUUGCUAUAUUUGCAAUCCUCCUGUAAUAUUUCACGAAAGACUGAUCAUAUCAAAGUGUAAUUCAACAGGGUUAUGGACAGAAUAUAGUAGAGAUAUAGAAAAUGCAUGCAGAACAGCCGAACAAAGUAAAGUCACAUAUCCGUAUAAGAAUAUAUUUUGUUAUAUUUGUAAUCACAACAUACCGGAGAAAAAUGUGUAUCACUUAGAGACCUUUUUAGAUUCUUUCAAGUAUUAUUUAUUUGAUAAUUACAUUCAUAAAGAUCAUAAUAAAAAGGUGAACGAUACGUUUGACUCAAAAAGCAUUUCUAACGAUCAUACAGAAUUUUCUCGGUGGCAUACUUUGUUAUUCUGUACAAUGCCUCUUCCUAUUAGUGUUCUUGAGAAUGAUCCCUCAAUUUUUGAAAAACAAGGCAUGAUAAAAGAUUGCAAUAUAACAAAGCAAUAUAUUUACAUAUCCGUUAACGAUAUGUUAAACCAUUCUGUGCCAACACUAUACAAAAUGAACCGAGCUUUUGUAUUUACAACAGAUAACAUUAUUUAUUCAAUUGAUAACGAUACUCAUAUACGCCGUACUGAUUGCAAAGAGGUUCAAGACAUAUACCUUAGAAUAUUUACACCAAAUUGUGAAUCGUUCAUUCAAAACAGUGAAACGGAAAACUAUCGGUAUCCAUUACAAUACAUUAUGUGCGUUUGUUCAAUGAGAAGCAUGAUUACUGGUCGAAUGCCUUCAUCUAAUAUCUUCCGUAUUAAAUCGUAUUCCACCCUUGGAAGCCAAUGCCGUGAACAACAGAUAUAUGAUCAUUAUAAGGAUAUAUGUCGUUCGGCUGGAUGUUUUGUAAGUAAAUAUUUCCAUCAAAACAGCUGUGUUGACAAACCGUUCUUUAAUAUUUUCGGAUAUAUUGUGCCAUUAAAACUUGAGCACCAGGAUAACAGUGAAAUAGUUAUUGACAAAAUUAUAACCAACAUGGAAUUACAAUAUAAUCGGAAUUUAACUUAUUCAACUCGAUUUUGUUUGAACGACUCUGAAAAUCGAAAUGCUAGCAUAUCAUUUCUAUUGAUAGAAACUGUUAAUCAAGUGAAUCGCACUGAUUUUGAACGUGAAUUACUAGAACUCAUUUCUGGUGAAUAUAUUGCCCAAUAUAUAAAUACCCUGAAUUUAAAGGAUAAAAAUAUUAUCGCAGAUGUCAUCUAUAGCAGGAAUCAGUCAAUUACAUGUAUUCCCAGAUUGUAUCAUCUUCUAUCGAAAAUAUUAAUGUGCAGACAUGUAGUUUUCGAAUCGAAUGAAUACAGCAUUGUAGAUUUCAUUGUGAGAGUGAAUGGAUUCGUAAAUGAGUUUGAAUUGUACGAUUAUCACGUAGACACAAACAAUAAUCUGUGGCUUUGUUUGGAAGAUUUCAAUUCUUUAGAAAUACUCAACGAUCAUAAAAACGACAUGUAUUUUGUGAUAUUCAUUUUUUGUAGUGUAGUAUCGUCAUUGUCUUUACUCAUGACAUUAACAACGUAUUGUUUAUUCACAAGCUUGCGAACUGUUCCAGGUAAAAACAUAAUGAGUCUUUCUGUUUCCCUCCUAUUGCAUCACUUCACAUUCAUUCUGUUCAUGACGACAAAUGAAACUGGAGCAUUUUGUACCAUACUGGCUAUUUUAAUGCAUUAUUUUCUUUUGUCGUCAUUUGGAAGUCUAUUUGUUUGUGCGUGGCAUAUGUUCAAGAUCUUUGGCACCGGAAGUAUUGCUUUAACAAUGGCGGCAAGUAGAAACAAACACUCAUUUCGACGAUACAUAACGUUUUCUUAUUUGUAUGGAUUGAUAUUGAUAGUAACAAAUAUAAUCAUUUAUGCAACAAUUACUGAUGGAAGGUCUAUAGGAUACGGCGAUAGACAUUGUUUUAUUUCGUUCAGAGAGCUGAUAAUUGCUACCUUGAUUAUUCCACUUGUGAUUUUGUCAGGAGCAGAUAUAAUAUUGUUUGUUAUCACAGUCUACCGACUAAAAAAUCGACCACGUGUUAUGACUGAUGAUACAGAGAAACGGAAAGAUAUAUGGAUAUUUUUAAGGCUAUUUGCAGCCACAGGAUGUUCUUGGAUACUUCUGUUGAUAAACGCUUUCGUUGAAAAUUCAACUUUGGCCUUGACUAUUUCCUGUAUAAAUAGUCUACAAGGUUUAUACAUAUUCAUAGCAUACAUAUGCAACAGACGCGUAUAUAAUAUGUAUAUUUCUAAACUAAGCCGCGGAGAACCAAGCAAUAAGAAAAAGAGUUCCCCUACAACUUCAUUAACAUCUUUAUCAAAAAUAAGAACGAAUAUCAUAGAACAUAGUUCUCCAUUAAUUCAAAGGAAGAUUAACACUUAAAAGCUUGCAUAUUUGAGUUAAAUAUGGAAUAAUGUUUAUGUACCUUCACACCUAACUUGUUUUCCAAUGAAAUUGCUCUACAUUGUUAUUUAAAUAUUUGUAUCUCUACUUUAGAAAUAUGAGUAUUCUCGAAAUUAUAACAUUAAAACAUAUUUUCAAGUAGAAUACUUUAUAUGCAUACCGUUAUCCGCUUGACAAUAAAACCUGCUUAACAUCAAACUCUAUUGAGUAUGUUUGUUUGCUAAUUCGGAAUGCACAUUUAAAAUAAAAUUGCAUACAUCAUCAUUUUAAUAUAAAAAAGCAAAGUUAGUAUACUUUACAAAUAUAAGUUUUUAAGUAAACACUAAACAUUGCUAUUAUAAAUGGAUACCUUUACUUAUUCUAAUGUAAUUCCAUCAAAGUAUCAAAUUUCAGAAAUCAAGACAUUCCAGAUAAAUAUCCCAGCAGAGCAGAAAUGAAAGGAUUGUUUUAAUUGAGUAAUAACAAGGUACUAAACCAAUGCAUCUUUUUUCCUCUCAACAUUACCUUGAGUAUUCUAAGAUAAAAAGAAUAUUAAUAUAUUCCUGUAACUUGUUGUUUUAUUUAUUUUUGGCAUAUUAUAUGACUUUAUUGUGUAUGUGUGUACCUCUAAUUUCACAUAUGUGUGAGACAGGUUUGUUUUGAAUAAAACAUUAUUAUAUAAUUG